UUCUAAAGUCUUCGUCAGCCUAAACGCAGUCUCUUCGUGACACGCAACCCUCGGGACUUCAUGGUCUUGUAGCUACAUAAAGGGGCGCGAAAGAUUUAUCACAUGUAUCAGUUACUCAGCUGCUUCCUACUUCACAACAAGGCGACAACAUGAAGUUCCUCAUCAUUGCAACAUUAUUUGCUGCUGCUUCAGCUAAUUCUUACGACCCGACUUCAACACCAGCUUACCCAACUCCCUCUGCCAAAGCCAAUGAAGCCCCUUCAACUUACCAGCCCGAAAGCUACACGCCUAAACCGUACAACUUCUCUUGGCAACUAAACGAUGCUGAAUCCUACAACAAUUUUGCCCACUCGGAGAGUAGUGAUGGUAAAGUCAUCUCCGGAUCUUACCGCGUUGACCUUCCUGACGGCCGCACUCAAAUAGUUACAUACAAAGACGACAGCAAUGGAUACGUGGCUAUCGUCAAGUACGAGGGUGAAGCUAAGUACCCUAAAUACAAACCCUCAGCAUCUUACGCUGUUCCAUCCUAUAAAUCUCCUGCUCCAGUCAACCAAGUACUUGCUGGAUCAUCCUAUCAAAGUUCUACUACCCCAUCUACUACCCAGUAUAAUACUCUAGCCACAGUAGCAUACAAAGCUCCUGUCACUGUGGCCACUUUACCUUACACAACUCGAUCGAAGAAGGAAUACAAGGCCCCAGUUACUCGUUCCUAUCGUGCUCCGGUUGAUGUUGCUUCCAAAGUUCCAGUCGCUGCAGCUGCUCCGGCAGUUCCAGUAUACAAAUCGACUCCUGUUAGCAAAGCUCCUUCUCAGUAUUAGUCAAAUGACAUUUUGUAAACUUGUUUGCGAGGUGGAAUGAUCAAGCCAAUCAGCCACGAUGUAUUCGUUUUGUUAAGUGAAUCAGAGAAAUAUACAUGAAAUUAUUACACUUUUGAA